CUGAUGGGCACUUGGGCUGUUUCCAGAUCUUAGUAUAAAUUGCGCUGCUAUGAACAUAGGAGUACAUAGAUUCUUUCUGAUUGGUGUUUUGGGAUUCUUAGGCUAUAUUCCUAGAAGUGGGAUCACUGGAUCAAAUGGCAGUUCCAUCUUUAAAUUUUUGAGGAAACUCCAUACUGUUUUCCAUAAUGGCUGCACCAGUCUGUAUUCCCACCAGCAGUGCAGUAGGAUUCCCUUUUCUCCACAUCCUCCCCAUUACUAGCCAUAGCAAUUCUUGAAACACCCUAAGAUGAAGCUCUUUCACACCCAUUUCAUUUCAAAUGCUAAAGGUUGGGAACACCAAGUCUUGAAAAAUUCACAGUGUUUAGGAAACCUAUGCACAGGUGAGCAGCUCUAGAGCGGAGUAAAGUGGCUGCAGCACCACCUCUCUCCGACCCAGCUUGCAGACUUGGGGCUGGAUCCUGCGCGUUCUUUGGUUGCUACGGCAACACUGAGGCAGCGUCACCUGUGGCUCUGGCGCUGGGCACGCGACAGCACUGCUGUUCCUGAUUGGCUGUGGCGCCCCGGCGAGGCAGAAGAAGGAGUGUUGGCAUUGGCUCAGCCGGCGCCGGUUGGUGGCCUAGAGGAGGAUUUGAUUGAAAAAACCAACGGUGCCGCUGGUAUUGGCGACCCCGAAGUUCCAGGGGCCGGGAGUGGGCUGGGGGAGGGCGGGCCGGCCCUCCUAUCCGGAGCAGCGGUGACAGCCGCAGAAACGAUGAGAAGGACCAUUCAGAGAUUGGCCAGAAGGAGGGACCUCCCUCCAGCGCGGAAUGCAAUGUUAAUUCUGGGGCGUUGACGUUUUACAAUGCCUGAUCAAGACAGAAAGGUGAAGACCACAGAAAAAUCAACCGAUAAAAAACAGCAAGGAAUCACCACCGCCAGGGACUAUUCAGAUCUUAAAAGACUUCGGUGCCUUUUGAACGUCCAAUCAAGCAAACAACAGCUUCCAGCCAUUACCUUCGAUAGUGCCCAAAAUAGCAUGACGAAGUCUGAGCCCGCCACCAGGGCAGGUGGACACAGAGCUCGAGGUCAGUGGCACGAGUCCACCGAAGCUGUUGAACUUGAAAAUUUUAGUAUAAACUACAAGAAUGAGAGGAAUUUCAGCAAACAUCCCCAGCAUCAACUAUUUCAGGAGAUUUUUACAGCCUUGGUGAAAAAUAGGCUCAUAUGCAGAGAGUGGGUUAAUCGAGCCCCAUCUAUUCACUUUCUGAGAGUGUUAAUCUGUCUGAGACUACUCAUGAGGGAUCCAUGUUACCAGGAAAUACUCUAUAGCUUGGAUGGGAUUGAAAGCCUAGCUCAGUACAUGGAGAUCGUGGCCACUGAGUACCUCAGCUACGGCGAGGAGCAGCACAGUGUGGGCAAGCUGGUCAACAUGACGUAUAUUUUCCAAAAGCUUGCUGCUGUCAAAGACCAAAGAGAAUGGGUCACCACAAGCGGGGCCCACAAGACAUUAGUAAAUUUACUCGGUGCCCGAGACACCAGUGUUCUAUUGGGUGCCCUUCUGGCUCUAGCUAGUUUGGCUGAAAGUCCAGAAUGUAGGGAGAAGAUAAGUGAACUCAACGUUGUAGAAAAUCUGCUGAUGAUUUUACAUGAAUAUGACUUACUUUCCAAAAGGCUGACCGCGGAGCUGCUGCGCCUCCUCUGUGCGGAGCCGCAGGUGAAGGAGCAGGUGAAGCUCUACGAAGGGAUCCCCGUCCUCCUCAGCCUGCUCCACUCCGACCACCUGAAGCUGCUCUGGAGCGUGGUCUGGAUCCUGGUGCAGGUUUGCGAGGACCCCGAGACCAGUGUGGAAAUCCGCAUUUGGGGAGGCAUCAAGCAGCUGCUUCAUAUUUUACGAGGAGAUAGGAAUUUUGUUUCUGACCGCUCUUCCAUCGGAAGCCUGUCCAGUGCGAAUGCGGCAGGCCGCAUCCAGCAGCUCCAUUUGUCAGAAGACUUGAGCCCUCGGGAAAUACAAGAAAAUACUUUCUCUCUUCAAGCAGCCUGCUGUGCGGCCCUCACUGAGCUGGUGCUCAAUGACACCAACGCCCACCAGGUGGUUCAGGAGAAUGGUGUGUAUACCAUAGCAAAAUUGAUUUUACCGAACAAACAAAAGAAUGCAGUAAAAACUAAUCUACUACAGUGUUAUGCUUUCAGAGCCUUGAGGUUUCUCUUCAGCAUGGAAAGAAACAGGCCGCUCUUCAAAAGACUUUUUCCCACCGACUUGUUUGAGAUCUUCAUUGACAUAGGACAUUAUGUGCGUGAUAUCAGUGCUUAUGAAGAAUUGGUCUCAAAGUUGAAUUUAUUAGUGGAGGAUGAACUGAUGCAAAUUGCUGAAAAUAUUGAAAGUAUUAAUCAGAAUAAAGCUCCUUCGAAAUAUAUAGGCAACUACGCAAUUUUGGAUCAUCUUGGAAGUGGAGCUUUUGGCUGUGUUUACAAGGUUAGGAAGCGUAGUGGUCAAAAUCUCUUAGCAAUGAAAGAAGUCAAUUUACAUAACCCAGCCUUUGGAAAGGAUAAAACAGAUCGAGACAGCAGUGUGAAGAAUAUUGUUUCUGAAUUAACCAUAAUUAAAGAGCAGCUUUAUCAUCCCAAUGUUGUACGCUAUUACAAAACAUUUCUGGAAAAUGAUAGAUUGUAUAUAGUUAUGGAGCUUAUAGAAGGUGCCCCUCUUGGAGAACAUUUCAGUUCUUUGAAGGAAAAACAACUUCAUUUUACUGAAGAAAGACUAUGGAAAAUAUUUAUUCAGCUGUGCUUAGCUCUUCGGUACUUGCACAAGGAGAAGAGAAUCAUCCAUAGAGAUCUGACGCCAAACAACAUCAUGUUGGGGGAUAAGGACAAAGUAACAGUGACUGACUUUGGCCUGGCAAAGCAAAAACAAGAGAACAGUAAACUCACAUCUGUUGUUGGAACAAUCCUGUAUUCCUGCCCUGAGGUACUGAAGAGUGAGCCGUACGGGGAGAAGGCUGACGUCUGGGCUGCAGGCUGCAUCCUGUACCAGAUGGCGACGCUGAACCCGCCCUUCUACAGCUCCAACAUGCUCUCCCUGGCUACAAAAAUAGUGGAGGCGGUGUAUGAGCCAGUGCCAGAAGGCAUCUACUCUGAAAAAGUGACAGAUACCAUCAGCAGGUGCCUCACUCCUGACGCAGAAGCCCGCCCAGAUAUUGUGGAAGUCAGCUCCAUGAUAUCAGAUGUCAUGAUGAAGUAUUUAGAUAGCUUGUCUACAUCCCAGCUGGCCUUGGAGAAGAAACUGGAACGGGAACGGAGGCGCACACAGAGGUAUUUUAUGGAAGCCAACCGGAACGCCGUCACAUGUCACCAUGAGCUGGCCCCACUGUCUCAGGAGACCUUCGAGAAGGCGAGCCUGAGCAGCAGCAGCAGCGGGGCAGCCAGCCUGAGGAGCGAGCUUUCCGAGAGCGCGGAUCUGCCCCCCGAAGGGCUCCAGGCCCCCUGUGGAAGGGAAGAAGACAGGGCCUGUGAUGAAAUCCUGUCGGAUGAUACCUUCAACCUGGAAAACAUCGAGAAAGAUAUAUACUCAGAGCUCGACGAUGACUUGGACAUUUCGGACAACUCCAGCAGCUCCAGCUCCAGCCCUUUGAAAGAAUCUACAUUCAGCACUUUAAAGAGAAGUUUUAGUGCUUCAGGAGGAGAAAGACAAUCCCAAAUGAGGGACUUCACUGGGGGAUUGGUAUCAAGACCAAGACCAGCUUUGCUGCCUCUUGACCUGCUUCUGAAAGUGCCACCCCUCAUGCUCAGGGGCCACAUUAAGGAGGUAGAGGCCGAGCUAGUGACGGGGUGGCAGUCCCACAGCCUCCCCACUGUGAUCCUCCGCAGUCUCAAAGAUCAUGGGCCACAGAUGAGCACAUUCUUGUGGCAAGCAUCUGCAGGGAUCGCUGUAUCCCAGAGGAAAGUCCGUCAGAUCAGUGAUCCCAUUCAGCAGAUCUUAAUUCAGCUGCACAAAAUCAUCUACAUCACGCAGCUUCCUCCAGCGUUGCACCACAAUUUGAAAAGAAGGGUUAUAGAGAGAUUCAAGAAAUCCCUCUUCAGCCAGCAGAGUAACCCUUGUAAUUUGAAAUCUGAAAUUAAAAAGUUAUCUCAGGGAUCUCCAGAACCGAUCGAGCCCAACUUUUUCACGGCGGAUUAUCAUUUAUUACAUCACUCAGCAGGUGGAAACAGUCUGUCCCCAAGUGAACCGGCAGGCCUCCCCACCAGCUCUGACUUGGAGGAGGGAAUAACGUAUGAGCAGAUGCAGACUGUGAUUGAAGAAGUCCUAGAGGAAAGUGGUUAUUACAAUUUUACUUCUAACAGGUAUCACUCCUAUCCAUGGGGGACCAAGAACCACCCAACCAAAAGAUGAAAAUGCUGCACUUUGAAUGAACGUGGUUCUCCCAGUGAAGUUCAAGUUCGGGACUGCCGCCACCACUGCAAGAUGCCUGAGGACUGGGUGCUGUUAAAAGAGUGUGGAGGAGAAAAGACCACGAUGCCAUGGUGCUGGCAGGACCUCUUUCUGGAGGUCUGGUGGUAGGCUCUGUGAGGGCUGCCGUGCUUGGAGGCUCAAUUCCUGGGAUGCAUUACACACGGGAUGACAGGGCUCCCAGUGUGCUCCUGGGAGAAGAUGCUGCAAUUCACCUGCGGGAAGAAAACCCACUCCUCACAGAACUUUCCUCCGAGUUAGAAAAAAUGAACACCUUGUCAUAUUUUUCAAAGAAAUAUUUUAUACUUAGAAUUGCUAAGUUCAGAGACAUCUAGCCUUCCAUGUAUAAAAAAUAGUUUUAGAUAAAGAAAAUUAUAGGACUCAAAAUAAUAACAUAUUGGGUGAUUCACUGUAUCUCCCAUUUUUUUAAUCUUAAAAGAUAUUUAAAAUGUGAUUGAAUUUUUGUUUGUUUGUUUUAAUGAAAGGAUUGGUUCUCUCCUAACCACUUGGGUGCUAGUGGUCUUGAACCCGGAUACAGUGUAGACAGUAUUGUAACCUUGCACAGCCUCUGGGAAUAACUAUCAAAUAGUCAUAUUUAAGUUAGAGUAAUAGAACAUAUGGAUGUACAGUGUGUAUAUGUACAUAUGAGUGGGGGCAAAGGGGAUUUGGAUUAGGCUAAUGCUUUGCUGCUAAUCAAACUUAUAGUGUUUUUAGAGCACUUUGAAGAGUUCAUAGAAUCUAUGAAAGAGAUGCAAUAUUCCUUGUUCUAAGUUCCCCCCUUACUAAAAUUACAUUGUUAUAAAAUUUCUAUUGUUGAAAAUUUGAAAUGAAAAUAAGUUAUAUAAUAAAAUCGAAGUUCCUUGAUUCAUUGAGACAUCCCUUAAAAAGAGAAAUCAGAAUACCAAACAGUGUCCCAUUCCUAUAUAGAAAGAAUUUAUGAUGGAAACUUUCUAGAUUCUUAUUAGGCUAUAAUAUCUUCAUUUGGCUUCUUACAACUUCUGUAAUGUCAAGAAAUGCCCUUAUUGUCAAAUCAGACUGCACUUCUAACUCCUUAAAGAAUAUUUUAAUGCUAUAUAAUUAGUAAUCUGAAAUUUGGCUUUUUGUUUACUUUUCACUGAGUUCUGUUAUCUUUAUUUACAUUGGUAUAUUUUUAGCACAAUUGAAUAGGAUUUAUUUCAAUAUAUUUGCAGUGGUUAAAACACUAACCUUUUGUAUAGAAUGGGAAACUAUUUUAAUGUGAAUCCAUCUUGUUUUACAAUUAGCAUGUUUAAUACUUAAAUGAUACCCAAAUUCCCUUUAGCUAAUGCCUUUGAAGACUGUCAAUGAAUCUUUGUCUUUAAGCCAAAGUAAUAACAAAUACAGUGCAAUUUAUAGUUUCACAUCUAAUUUAAAAUCAUAGAUGCAAAUAUAGUAAUGAAAAAUUUCAUUUUCAGCUUUCAGACCAAUUCCAUCCAAAUGUGAAAUUUACACGUGAAAUCAAAAUGCUGUGGUUUUGUUGAUUUAAACCAAGCAAAAUUGUAUUCCUAUUCCAUUUAAUUUGAACUGGGACUAUUACUUUUUAUGUGUGUUUUUUAAAAUAUAUGGCACAUUUUCUCAUUGUAUAGGAGUCAUAGGCCUAGAGGGGCAGUACUUAGCAAUAACCGAAGCUAUGUGGUGAAAGUUUGAACAAUGAAGUUCUUUAUCAAAUGACAAUAUAUAGAAAAGAAUAGUCUUCAGAGGUCACAGGUUGGUUAGAGAAGAGACAUUAUGUCUGGAUGAUGGUCUUCAGUGCAUGCAGUCAAUCUCAUUAAUGCACUGAGCAGAAGAUUUCCAUCUCACACUUUCAGGCCAGACGAACAGCGUGGAUUAUUAGGAGCCAGUAAAAACGAACAAAAAUAAGCAAAUGCGUCUUGUUCAGCAGCAGCUUCAGGCCCAGCACUGAUAAGUGGAUUCUUUUGCCAAAAUAAUGGAGGUGUGCUGUUUGAAUCCCUCCCUUUAACUACCAGUUAUGAAUCAACAUUCUCCCAGGUAAGAACAAGCCUUUAAGAGGAAGUUAGGUCCUGGUAAGGAACCACUUUGUGCACGGAGCACAUCCCAACAGCAAAGUUAACUUUCAAAAGCGUUGUCUUUCAAAUAACAAGCUCCACUCCCCCUUACAAGGGAACAAGAAGGAUCGUUUUGUUUUGACGAUCUGAACUGUCUUCUAGUGCAAAGAAAUUGUUACUUGAACUUAAGAGACCUCAUCAUCUUUCCUUGAUUGCAUUUUCAAAGGUUCUCUUUCUUUUGUACGAGUUUUAAUUAUGUGUUGCGUAAUGAAAUCCCUGUGAAUCUAUCUCAUGCUCAGUCGCUGAAUAUUUGUAUGGGACAGAAUAUGAGUCAGUCUUUUCAGAUCACCUUUGUUACACAGGCACUUCAGUGAAUGAUGUUAUGAUCCACCAGCUCUAUCUGAAUAAGUGUAUCUGAAAACUUAGUUUGCUUCUUCAGAGCAAAAUGUUCCUUCUCAGGGAAGUGACUGCAGCAGGCCUAUGAGCUUCCUGGUUGUUAACCUUGUCUCCUUCCAGAUGUAUUUCAUUAGAGAUCUUCAGGACAUAGUAAUAUGCGCACUAGACCCAGUGCUCACGGAGGAAUUUCAGAAACCCAGAGAAAUGCUGCUUGAGUUUAGUAUGGGUCCUGGUGAGGCAGUGGUCUUUGUGCACAAUCUGCUUUGGCAUUCUGAAGCGGGACCUCAUUAGCAAACACUGUUAUAAAGUUUACCCAAAUGGUGGAACUGACUAGGAGUUAAGGUCUUCCUAGAGGUACCAUUUAUGACUUAAUAAAUACCACAAUUUUUUUUCCUUUUUUUUAUUGUUUAAAAUUUUACAUAUGUCUCCUUUUUCCUGGCUUGACCCUCCUUCCCCUAGCCAUUCCCACCCCUGAG